CAUCGAGUGCGUCACGAAUUCCCGAUUCGUCUACAGCCACUUCAAAAGCAUACAAGAGAAUGGACCCAACCUCAAGCGCAGGCUCAAACCCAAAACCCAUGAAUAUCCCGACCCACUCCCACCUGCUCACCCACAACCUCUCUCACUACCUCACCAAAUCCGCACUUGUCCAUCCUCAAAGAAACUUCACACAGCAGCUCAACGCCGCAGAACAGCGCGCAGCCAUGUCGUCCACCUUCCCCACCACAUCCUCGAAGCCCGGCGAGCAUUUCGAGCCGCGCCAGACGGCGACGAGCGAAGACUACACACCCGACCCGUCCAAGAGCCUCCCGCUGAACCCGCAACGGCAGCGGCUUGUGGACGACAUCAUCGCGCUGUACAGCUGCGAGCCGACCAUCGAGAGGGUGCAGCGAUACACGCCUGAUUGCGUGUACGACGACCAGUUCGUGUACGCGAACGACCGGUAUAAGAUGGCGGGGCAGUGGUUUGCGCUGCCGAAGUUGUUUAAGGAUAGCACGAACCAUGGGUAUCAGGUUAUCCGGAGUGAUAAUGAGAUGAUUCAGUUUAAGAAUCAGCAAUCCUGGACGUUCAAGAUCAUCCCCAAGACUGCCAUGAUCACGGGUCUUGUGUCGCUUUCGCUGGAUCCGGAUACUGUGGAUAAGGAGUUUAUGCAGAUUAAGUAUCAUAAGGAUCAGGCGAAUGAUAAAGAUUACUCGCAUGAGGGUCUUGGGUUCUCGUUCAAGAAGUGGCAGGCUGACCAGGUGGCGAAGCAUAUGGACAGUCCGGAGGUGGAGCAGUUUGCGGCGGACAAGAGCGCGAAUAAGGAGCAUGUGAGGAAGUAUGGUUCUAGGACUGCAGAUGCACCGAAGCAGGAUUUUACGAACUGACAUAAGGUUUGAGAAGAUGAUUGAUGCGAAAUAUUUGUAUGAAUAAUGAGCGUAUGAUAUGAUUCUUUAGGUCGAACAGCGAU